UUUUAAAGUUUUAACAGAACUAAAAUCUCUGAACUUGAAAUUGAAGAUUCUCAAAAUGUCGAUUUUUGCGGGUAAUCUUAGCUUCAAAAUCUCAUCCACACUUCAGUUUCGAGUUUUCUCAUUUCCCUGGAUGAAUGGCAACAAGGCUAUAUUUUGCUUGAAAGAGAAGGAAUAUAGUUCAUCAGUUCCAGUAAGGUAUAUACCAAAGAAAUCUUUGGAAACUGAAGAGCCCGAAACUUCUUCACAUUCAAAGGGUUUGAGUAAGAAUGAAUCUCGUAAAAGCGCUGCUUCGAAUGUAUUUGGAAGAAAGUUUACAAACAAUGAAGGCAGUGUUAUUGAUAAAAAGUCGCAAACACGAAGCGGAAUGUUCAAGAAAAUUGCAUUAUAUGAUGAUGUUCAGCAAGGUGAUGAAAUAAUGGAGAAACCUGUAGAGGCGGUUGAGGAGGUACCUCAAGGACAAAAUAUUAACAGAAAGAAUCCGUUACAAGCUUGCAAGAGAAUGUCAGAUGCUGAGAAGUCGGCAAUUGAAUUACUUGCAGCAAGAGCAUUUACCGCAGUAGAACUGAGAAAGAAACUGCUGGGCAAGAGAUUUGAUCCGGAUAUUGUCGAGACAUUGAUUACUGAUUUACAAAAUAGAGGGUUGAUCAAUGAUAGUUUGUAUGCGGAAGCAUUUUCUCGAUCUAGAUGGUCCUCAUCAACCUGGGGACCAAGGAGAAUCAAGCAAGCAUUGUUCAAGAAGGGUAUAAGUGAAUCUGAUGCAGAAAAUGCGUUAAAACUAGUUUUCGAGGGUCGGGAUGGUGACUCAAAUGAUGAUCAGGAAUCCCAACUUGGUUUUUCAAAGCUUUCAAUGGAUCACCUAUUAAUUCAGGCCUCGAAGCAAUGGCUUCGAGGUCAAGAUGUUCCCAAAGAGACACGGAAGUCAAGGAUUGUUCGGUGGCUUCAGUAUCGCGGUUUCAACUGGGGUGUUAUUGGUUCUGUUUUAAAGAAGUUGGAAUCUCAGUAUCCUUCCUAAAGGCACCAAAAGCAACUCAGUUAUGGUUCAGCACCCAGGGUUUGACUUUAGAUUUUGACUUUAGAUUUUGAUAUCCUUCCUAAAGGCACCAAAAGCAACUCAGUUAUGGUUCAGCACCCAGGUUUUGACUUUAGAUUUUGAUACCCGUUGUUUGAAUUUCGAAAUGUAUCUCGGGGAAAAUAUAGAUAGGAUCACUUCUUUGAAAUGCCAACCCUGAUAAACAGCUCAUCUUAACUCCUAACAUAAACCUUACCAUAGUGCCCCAUAGACUCUAGUCCGGAUGUGAUUACCUAUAUUGCUCCGAGUACUCGUGUCUGACACCCAUGUCUUGUAAAAAAAAAAAAAUCCAUGCUUGAAUACUCGUAUUUGAUGCUCACACCCAUUUCCAAUUAACAUAGGCCAUUUCUAACCUGUUGAUACCAUCUCGAGUCUUGACAUUGAUUAGAUUGACCAUUUUUUUUUACAGCCGUGUCGUUAGCUUAUAGAUGAAUUCUUGAUUAAAAAGCUUGUAAGAAUUUGAGCAAUUAGUGGAUGUGUUUCAUCUGUCUGUUUGUUGUUUUUUGAAAUCUUGAGACAAAACAUCAAAAUAUUGAGACAAUGACAGUAGCCAUUGCUAGUGGAGCUGCAUUAUCUUUAACAUCUGUGGCUCAUAAUUCUUUUGCAGGUUGGAGCAUUAUAUCAUUAUGGGACACUUAUUUUGUUUUUCUGUGUAUAUUCAAUUUAUAAUUAUCUUGCCACUUA